AUGCGCACUGCUCUUGAAACAAUGAAGAAAAACUAUAAAGGUGCAAAAUUAGAAGACGGUUUACCAAUUGGAGGUCGAAAUAGACGUUUAACUGAUGAUAAAAUUCAUCAAUUUACUGUUUAUUAUGGUUCAGCUAUUCGAUCUCAUGUCAAUGAUUUGGAAUCAAUGAAAAUCGCUUGUUGGGCUACGUUUUAUCAUUACAGUUCGACACGUGAAAAUCCAAAUCAUGAUUAUUGUGAUCCAAGAAAGUGUCAUAUAUACAGAUACAAAUCAUUUGAUGCUAACAAGCAUAGUUUAGCACCUGCAGUAAUGAAUGCCAUCCGUCCUGUUUAUGAAAAGAUGUGUUCAGAUGAAAUGUUAUCGAAAGUCGUCGACGGUGGAACAACUAAUUCCAAUGAAUCAUAUCACAGUUAUAUUUGGUCAUUGUGUCCUAAAACACAAUUCCAUUCUGCCAAAUAUGUUCAUGAUGCUGCUUCUUUAGCUGCUAUUCUGUACAACGAUGGUUAUCAACUAUCAAUAACAAAACUGCUUCGACAAUGUGGUGUUCUAAGUACAACUCCUGCAUGUGUUCGAAUGCUAAAGUUAACUGAUAAUCAACGAGUGAAAGAACAUAAAUUCAAAACGAAAGCAACUCAACAAAAGAAACGACAUCGACAAAUAUUAACUGAACAACGUCUCAAUCAACAAGAAAAGUAUAACUAUGCGUCAGGAGCGUUUGAUUAA